AAUAACUCAUCAAUCGGGAAAUCACUUAGAGUGCACCGAUCACUAUGACGCCAACUUGGAGGCCUUGAAGACUACUGCAUUAACCCCAUCAGUUGUUUGGUUCUCAAGCUCAGUCCCCUUUAGGCGCUGUUCCGGACACUUAACCAAACACUAAAUCAUGGCUGGAGACGACGUCGCUGUGCACAAGCCCACGCUCGAAGUCACGGGCAAGGUCGCCGCUGGCAAGGCCGAGGAAGAGUUCCGUAACUACAAGGACUCGGACCGACACGCACUCGUCUCUCGUCACUACGCUCUCAUGCGCAAGAACCAGACUGUGGCCUUCCAGGAGAAGAUGCAGGCCAAGUACGGCUCCUUCUCCAACACCAAGAUGACGGUGUGGGAGGCUUUCGCGGCGCUCAAGGGAUACGUGGACUCGUCCGACCCGGACUCGUCACUGCCCAACCUCGAGCACAUGCUGCAGACUGCUGAGGGUAUUCGUGCUGCCGGCCACCCGGACUGGUUCCAACUCGUCGGUCUGCUGCAUGACAUGGGAAAGAUCCAGUACCUCUGGGGUCACCCCGAGGACGGACAGGAAGGCACAGCCGACGGAGAUCAGUGGGCUCUCGGUGGAGACACGUGGGUCGUGGGUUGUAAGAUCCCCGACUCGGUGGUCUUCCCGGAGUACAACAGCACCAACCCGGACAUGAGUGACCCGCGUUAUAACACCGAAUGUGGCAUGUACGAGCCGCACUGUGGCUUCAAGAACCUCAAGUUCGCUUGGGGCCACGACGAGUAUCUGUACCAGAUGCUCAAAUUCAACGAGACUACCAUCCCGGAGGAGGGUCUCGCUAUGAUCCGCUACCACUCGUGCUACCCGUGGCACAACAAGAAGGAGUACAAGCAUCUGAUGAACGAAGACGACGAGGAGUUGCUGGACUGGGUGCUCGAGUUCAACAAGUUCGAUCUGUACACAAAGGCGGACAUUCGUCCGGAUGUGGAGAAGCUGUGGCCAUACUACCAGGCAAUCAUCGACAAGUACCUGCCCGGCAAACUGUCCUGGUAAAUGGAGCUGGAAUCCUACAAUGGGAAAGUUGAAAACACGUUGAUUGUUGAAGCAUUGUAACUUUUGAGGAAAUCCAAAGUUCAGCUUUGAUCAGUGCUCAGUUUAUUUUUUGUCGACAAAACUGUGCUCGACAAUCAGAAAUGCUGCUUGAUGAUGAUGACGAUAAAAAGUGGCUUGUUUACUUC